GAGAAAGCAAAGCAAAGGUUAGGAGACAGCAGCCUUUGGGAGAGUCUUUUCACUCACUUUUCUUCUGUGUUGGAAAGCUUAAAGGAAUUAAGGAAUUCAUUCUUGGAGGGAAGCUUCUUGCAAAUUCACCUUUUGAGUGCUAGUAAAGCUACCAUUUUCUUGGACCCAUUUGCGCAAAAUAGAAAAUAUGGGGGUUGCAGGCACCUUGGGGUACAUCUCUGAGCUGAUGAGCAGCGGCCAUAAACACAAGAAGAGGAAGCAAUUGCAGACUGUGGAGCUCAAAGUCAGGAUGGACUGUGAUGGUUGUGAGCUUAAGGUCAAGAAAGCUCUAUCUUCAUUAACCGGAGUUGAAUCCGUAGAGAUAAACAGGAAGCAGCAGAAGGUGACGGUGAGUGGGUAUGUAGAGGCAAGCAAGGUGCUGAAGAAGGCCAAGUCGACGGGGAAGAGGGCCGAGCUGUGGCCCUACGUUCCAUACAACCUGGUGGCUCAGCCAUUCGCAGCCCAAGCCUACGACAAGAGGGCGCCGCCUGGCCAUGUCAGGAUGGUGGAACACCCCACCACCGGCACCGUCUCCAGAUAUGGGGAUCCCUACACCUCCAUGUUCAGCGAUGACAACCCAAAUGCCUGUUCCAUCAUGUAAUCCCGUAGCUCAAUCAACAAGAAGAAAGAAGAAGAAGAAGAAGAAGAAGAAGAAGAAGAAAUGGUCGGUGGGUUCUAGAGGUGAUGGAUAGAUAGCUAAUAAUAGGUUGAUGCUAUCAAAAAAUUUCAUUUUAUUUUUUUUUUAUUUUUAUUUUAGUACAUUAAUUUUCAUUUGUACUUGCGAAAAUGAAAAUGGAAGACAUCGAUCGUUUGAUUUUGU